UUGUUGGCUUUACUUGCGGUUGCCUGCGGCGCGUCCACCUCUGAGGAGGCGCAACAGGCAUCGGCCGCCCCUACGACAGCCCCCGAUACAGCCCGCCCGCAGGCGCUGGCAAUUCCGGCAACGGCUGAGCCCCAGGCUGAACAACAGGCACAGCCGGAUGCCCCCGCUCCCCAGGCAGAGAGCCCUGCUGCCGCACCCACGGCUGCUCCCGCACCCACGGCCGUGCCCGCAGCACCCUCAACGCCCGCCCGCGACACGAUUAUCUUCCUGACCGGGGAAGAACCAACUACGCUGGGCGCGGCCAGCCCUAACUGCGGCGGCAACAUACAGAACACCGUCUGCGAUGACCUGGCCAGCGACCCCUUGACCUGGAUUGAUGACUACAACAACUUCGAGGUAGUCGGCAUGACCGGGAUUGAGGGAUGGGAACAGAUUGGACCUGAUCGAUGGCAGUUCAAACUGCGUGAGGGCGUUACCUUCCACAACGGCGCUCCAUGGAACGCCGAGCAGGCCGCCUUCUGGAUCGACUAUUAUGGCGACGAAGAGACCAGCGGCCACUACAACUCCAACGACUUCAGCUUCCACGGGGUUAUCGGAGGACAAGUGGUUGAUGACUACACGCUGGACGUAGUCUGCGGCGAAGCGUGCCCCAUUCUGCCUCGCACCACCAUUUUUACCAAGUUCCAGGACGUGGGAUGGUUCCUGGAGGAGGCAGGAGCGACUUCGAUAGCCGACCUGCCAGAUGACCUGCCGGCGGAAAUUCAUCGGAUGACGGUGGGACUGGGUCCCUACCAGAUAGUAGAAUGGGAUACCGGCCUGCAAGUGGUCCUGGAGGCCUAUGAAGACUACAACCCGAACCCGGCUACGGGAUUUUCCAGGGCGCCGACGAUUCCAAACGUGAUCCAGCAAUGGCGCAAUGAACCGCUAGUACGCGCCUCGGCGCUGGCAGCAGGUGAAGCGGACUGGGCUGAGAUCGCUUUCCAGGACCGCGAACUUGCGCCCCAAUGGAAGUCAGCCACCAACAACGAAGCUUACGUAUAUGCCAUAGACACGGUGCAUCACCCUGAAUUGCGGAAGAAGGCAGUGCGUGAAGCGCUGAACCUGGCCAUCGACUGCGAGACCGUCAUGGAGGAGGUCUUCGAAGGGGUGCUCGAAUGUUAUGGCAACAUCGCCCAGACCGGCACGGUGGGCAUAACCCCGGAGAAUUCUGCCGGUUACCCCUAUAACCCGGAGCGCGCCCGGGAAUUGCUGGCCGAGGCAGGCUACGAUCCCGAAAACGAGAUCAAGCUGCACAUCCGCUCCCAGCGAGUCCCCAAGGACGUGGAGUACGCCGAGGCAGUGGUAACCUUCUGGCGGGAUGUUGGCAUCAAUGCCAACCUCCAGGUAGUCGAGUCUUCAAUCCAUGCUGGCACCGGUCGGUCUAAUUGCGGACAUGGCCGUACCAGGGAAGACUUCGCCAACGCCGUCGGGGCGGACCUGCACCAGAAGUGCCUCGCCCUGGGGCCGGGCAUGCCCAACUUUGCUUCCAUGCACAUAACGGCGCCGGCUACCUCCACCGAGUCCCUGGACUUCUCGCGGCAGGCCAUCCUGCGUAAUAGCUGCUACAGCCGUUCCAGCGGUGUUUGCUACCAGGAUUUUGAGGAUGCCCUGGAAGUAGCAAUUGCCACGCCUACCGGUGAGCUGCGCAGGGAACGAAUGGAAUGGUUGGGUGAUUACGUGCAUAACAACUACCACUUCGUGCCCAACUUCCUGGUAGUUCAGAUUUACGGAAUGUCCGCAGAGCUGCAAUGGGACCCGCACUAUGCGCCGCGCAUCCGGGCCAACACCAUGAGCUUCAGCAACUAA